ACUACUGGAGUCAUGGUGGCCCUUUCUGUACUGUUUCUGUCCCUCUGUAUGUCCGUUACCAUAGCUGUAGGCGAGGAAGGCUCGUGCGAGCCACUGACCAACAGUAAUGUGAACAACAUCACCGUGGUGGCUCCGGCCGGACCCGCGGGGUCUAAAGGCGACACGGGACCGGCUGGCCCGCGGGGAGUGCCCGGGGAGAGGGGCGAGGCGGGCCGUCCGGGAAAGCAGGGACCGUACGGUCCGGAGGGGGAGAAGGGAGAAAAGGGAGACUCUGGACAGAAGGGGAACCAGGGUAGUGAAGGGUUCGGUGGAGGAGCCGUGUAUAUCCGAUGGGGGAGGACGGCGUGCGACGAGGGUACGGGCACGGAGACGGUGUACUCCGGACGCGCUGGCGGACCGAUGUACAACGAAGCCGGCGGAGGAAGUUACCUGAUGGCGGGUUACCAUGGCCACAGCAGCCGGACGGAGUUCGUGUGUAUGGACGGGGAGGCCGAGGCUCUGCCGGGCGGGGAGGGGGACGAGAACGGCGCGCUGUUCUACCCCGUGGAGUCCCGGUGUGGCUCGCUGCCGUGCCCACCCUACGUGGAGGGGAGGGAGCUCACUUGCGUCGUCUGCACGAAAUAG